UUCAUCUCCAUUUCUACUAUCGGUUAUGGCGAUUUUGUUCCUGUGCCUGACACAUGGACACAUACUGUUGCGAUUAUGAUGUUCUUAUCUGCAGGUGUCAUCAUUCUUACCACCCUAUUCGAGACCUUCAGCUACUACCUCAACUAUAUUCAUUAUAUUGGACGGAGAUUUACGGGUACGAAAGACAUCCAAAUAUGGUUUGGGGGAAGAAUGCUUACUGUCCAAGAACUCAUAACCAUUGUAGCGGAAGAAUUUAACGUGUGUCCAAGAAAACUGAGGACUAUAAUUCAUGAUCUUGACGACAUUCUUCAUGCAGCUUGUGAUGAUACAAUAAAGAAUCGAAGCGAAAUGCUGUAUAAAACGGGUGAGGUGAUUCGGAAUGAGGUUGGUACCUUUUCUUCUUACCACAUGUCAACUAUAUUACUUGAAUUUUGA